AUGGGCUGCGGCGGGAGCCGAGCCGAUGCCAUCGAGCCGCGCUACUACGAGAGCUGGACGAGGGAGACCGAGUCCACUUGGCUGACCAACACAGACGCCGAGCCCCAGCAGCCGCUUCCCGCCGCCGCCGCCACCGGCCCGGAGGGCGGCCACGCCGAGGCUGGCCCGAGGGAACCCGGUGAGUAGAGCUCGGGGCUGUGGUGGCGGGAAACGCGAGCCAGGCAGCCCGGGCCCUUCCCGCCUCCUCGCUCUGUCCUCCGCCUCGCUACCUUCUGGGCUCUUCUCCACAGCCCAAGGUUUGGCCGGAGGAAGCCGAGAGGUGGGCCAGCGAACAGGUGGCGAACACCUCACCUCCCUGUUGGGACAUAUUUCAGAGAAGUGGCUUUGCAUUUCAAGUUCUGUCGUCUGAGCUGCGCUCAUGGGUUUAUUCCUGCAGCCCUUGCUCCUCGUUCAGUGCGGUGGCUUGCAAUGCAACCCUAUAGGUCCUGCAUAUUCAGAAGAGAAGUGAAGACACAGUCACGGGUGGGGUUCUUUUUGGACCAUUAUGGUUCUUGCGACUUUCUAUUUUUAAGCAGGGAGAAGGGUUAAAACUUUUCCUCCCUGCAACGUAAAGAGGAUGCAUAGCAAUAUGCAGCUCUGCUUAACUUACAUCUUCGUGUAACUUAACCUUAUGCCAGUGUCGUGAUGCGUUUUUUGUUUUGUUUUAUUUGUUUUGUUUUUUUGGUCCAAGACUUGUCCGUAUUAUAUAGGAUGCUGCUGGUGUGACACUACAGAAAGAUCAGGGAGGGACCUUUUGUUGCUGUUGUAAGGAAAGGCUCUUCAAUAGUCAGCAAAAGGGAGUCGCUGCUGAAAAGAAACCUGGUACCAGUGCGCAACGAAGAUGGAUUGUAGCCUCAGUUCUAUAGAUCCUGUGCUUUACCAGUUUGUGCCAUGUAGUAAGUGGCACAAGGAUUGUGAGGCUUGUUGUGAACAAGGCUUCACAUAUUUGGAUGAUCAGGCUGUCGGAGCAACCUGUCUGAUCUAUGAAUAUUCGGAUUUAGGGUUGUGCUUUAGUCAAGCUAGCAGUUCAUAGUGUUGGAAUCAUGACUGAAUGUUAUAUAUUUCAAUUACAUGUUGCACAUUUUCAGUUGCAAACAUAGCAUCUUUGGUCUCUGUCCAUUUAAGAUGGAUGCUGCUGUGCUUGUGCUUACAAGGAUACAAGACAGUCCUAAUGCUUAGCCAGCAGCACCAUAUCAACUUAGCAACGUACAAGAACAUGAAAUACUGUAAUUAGAACACACUCGCCACAAUGCAGACGGUAGGACUUCUCCACCAGUUAUGGCACUGUGCCAAGUCAACUCUCCUAGCAGCUGCUUACUAAAAGCAUCAGCAGGAACGCCUUAGCAUCUCUGCAGGGUAGGUAGAACUCUUCUUGACCAUAACCAGUGAGAGCCUCACAAGUGGGGAAUAGAAGAUUUGCUCUGUUUUCAGAACUAAUGCUGCAGAUAAGAGGUUUGCAGUAUUAAGAGUUCAAAUGUUGUUCACUGAAAACAGCACCACUCGUUUCCUGUCAGCUAACACCAGGCAACAUUUUUAAUACAAUUCAAAAGAGAUAGGUGGCUGUCUGAAUCAUGAAAACAUUUGGGUAUUUAAGGGGACUGGACAUCUAGGGGCUUGCCCCCCUCCCCUUUGUCCCAUGUUUUGAAAGCAUGGAUCCGAGAGGCUUGCCACUUGUUCCGAAAGCACGAGUCUGAGCAGCUAUGCUUUUGUCCCACUGUUUCCCCCUGGAAACACACUCAGUAGCUCUAAAUUGGAACAAACGGUAAUCCAUGGAAAACGUGAUUGCUAUUUGUUCCAAUUCAGUGCUAAAUUAUGGGCUUCUCUGGGGGUGGGGGGAGCAGCUGGUGAAACAGAAGUGUAGAUGAGCCCUAAGAUGUCUUCUUUUUUACAUUGGCUUUGGAGAAUUGCCACUGAGAUGCUGCUGUGAGAUGGUUUGCUGUAGUUUUAAAGAAUGUUUUGUUUUAUUGCACCAGUAUAUUACUUUAUGAAGUUGAUGUUACCCUGGCUAAUAUAUUUGAUUAAGGGUUGGACAUAUAUUUUUUUAAAUAAAUAUAUGAUUAAUAAGAGAGCAAGAGUAAGGUUGGCAGAGUUGCAUUAGAGACUGGGAUGUGUGCAUUAAAGCCCUGUUGAAUUCCUCAUCAUUUCAUUACAUAGUAUUUAGUGAAAUGGGCUAUGUAUCCAAGGGGUAUUACUGUUAUUUAUUAAUUAACAUAGAUUUUGCUAUGUAUAAUGUUAUACAUGCUAUAAUAUUUGUCUUUAGAAGUAUGCCUUGUUGGUUUCAGAGCAACCCAGCAGCAAGCUCUCUGCCUAUCUUAGGGGUGUAUACACGGGUUUUAAAGUAGUUGAUUUUUCCCACCCCAGUCAAAUCACUGUGAAUGUGCACAUGAUAACUGGUCAGCCAUAUGACCAGUUUAGAGGUGUGCUUGUAAUAGAUUAUGUGGAUUUUUAUGCACAAUCCAUCAUGAACAUCCUGGUAGAAUUGCUUACCAUGCAGAUUUAAAACAGGGAGGAAAGCCCUCAAAGGAGUUUUGUGAAUUGACUCUUUGAAAUAACAUGCACUUAUGGUCACAUUCUGCUUAAUUUUGGCAUGGUGGCUGAGGGGGAGGGUAAUACCCAAAUGCUAUUACAUUCCUCCAUAAACUGAGAAAAUAUCAUUUGCUGUUGCUAUCUAGGACUAAGCUACAAUUACCUAGGACAUCAGUCUUUGGCUCUUCCUAUGGGUUUACUUUUAUUUUUUGAAAUGCAGGCGUAGGGAACAAUCAGUUUGCUUAUAGCAGCAGAGCUUCCCCUUAUGCCAUUUCUUUAACUGAAAUCAUAGUGCCGCUGCAAGCAAAUCCAGCCCCCACCUACAUUUCAGUCAUGUGUAACAUGUAGUUUGACAUUAACAGAACUCUUCUUUAACCUAGCCCUCAGAAUGAAUCCAUGGGUUAUAACCAAUGCUAGUCCUACUCAGAGCAGCCCACUGAAAUUAAUGAACCUCAGUUAGUCAUAUCUAUAAUCUCCAGUGGGUCUACUCUGAGUCUAUUCUACUAGCACUGAGCAGGACUAGCAUUGAUUACAACCUCAAAUUUUGUUUUCUCAAUUUUGCCUUCUGAUUUUUGUAGCCUGUGUAUGAACCACCUAUACAUUUUUAAUAUAUUUGAGUUUGGUUAUAUUUGUUAUUGUCUUUGAGUAAGCAAUGGUUAAGAUUUAGCAGAAGUUAACUGCUUGCAAGUCUUAUUGUGUUAAGUAGGAGACAGUUUAACCAUUCAGCUGAAAUCAAAGGGACAUAAACAUUUAUUUAUUUUUCUUAGACAUUUGUAUACUGCUUAAUUACUUGUAUUUCUAAGCAGUGUACAUAAAAAAGCAAUCCACACAAAAUGUGACAAUAAAAAAAAUUAUUACCGGUAUAAAGCCAAACACCUAAAUUUGGCUGGAUCUUAUCCAAUAUUAUAAUUCUCCACUCUUUUUUCCCCUUCUAUUCAUUUUUUCCUCCUCAUAUUCCCUUUUUAUCUUAAUUUUCAAACUGCAGCAGAGGGUGAUUUUUUCUACAGUAAACUGAAAAGAGCAAUAAUGGCUAUAAACAGAAGUUUGAAAUACAGAAACUGUAAGACCUUACCAUUAAGAUCAUAACAGAAUUUAAUGUACUCAGUAGUAAGCAACACACUUAAACCUGCCGUGGAACUUUUUACCUGUACCAAACAAUUGGUGAAGAAGAAAUAUCCAAAAACCGGUGUAGCAAUAUCAGUCAUCUAGGGUGGGUGGUAUAAAAAGGCAAAGCCUUUAAAAGACCAACAACGGUGCUAUACUUUUGUGAAUGGUCUCAAAAAAAGGGAAGGGAGGACAAUUUAGCAGUAGUUCAAGUUGCUCCUAAAAGCUUCCAUUGAAAGAGAAAAUGUAGCGUGAAAUCCUCCUUUCACAGACUAUUAAAACUAGAAAAAUUAUGUAUUGCUGUUUUAAAAGCAGUCUUGUCACCCUAGUUGCUUCAUUAGCUUCAUCUAGAAAAGCAAUCAAUGCAAAACCAUUGAACUAAAAGGUUUUGCAUUAUCAGAAGUAUUAUUGACAGUUGGAUUAGUUUUCCAUAGGCCAGAGAUCUGCAAUCUCUAUAAUCACAACCUUUUUAGAGGGAGUUGCUUAGUUGUAUAGGAUCCAUUCCCCCCCCAAAAAAAAACCACUCUUCUGUUUUAAGGGUAUAUAUAUUUUUCUGUGUUGAAACAACCUUUUGUUAUGGUUAUGUAUUAUAGCUCCUCCCGUUGCUCGGUCCCUGCUCCUGCCAACCUAGCAGUUCGAAAGCACGUCAAAGUGGUACUGCUCUGGUGGUACUGCUCUGGCAGGAAGAUAAACGGUGUUUCCGUGUGCUGCUCUGGUUCGGCUUAGCUGCUGCUUAGUCAUGCUGGCCACAUGACCUGGAAGCUUUCUGCGGACAAACCAUAGCUGUCAACCUUCCCUUUUUUUGCGGGAAAUUCUCUUAUUCCAUCACCCUUUCCCGCUGCUUCCCGCUGCUAUCCUGGAUUGUUAGAUAUCCUGUAGACUGUCCCCGGGACAGGUGAGGCUGCUGAACCCUUAUUUUCAAAUCUGAAAGUUGACAGCUAUGGGACAAAUGCCGGCUCCCUUGCCCAGUAAAGCGAGAUGAGUGCUGCAACCCCAGAGUCGUCCGCGACUGGACCUAAUGGUCAGGGGUCCCUUUACCUUUAGUACUUCUAAUGCUGUUCCAAGUGCUAUGUGGGGAAAUAUGGUUUUAAAGAGUCACAGAUGCAUUUUGCAUUAUGCCCAUUAUAUUGUAAAUAGGCAAUGACACUUAUGCAUGCUCCAUUUUGGGAAAUAUUUACUUGCUCAUCUUCUGUUUUUAAGUGACGUGUGUGUGUGUGUGUGUGUGUGUGUGUGUGUGUGUUUGUGUCCUUCAAGGCUGUACAAUUUGCCUGCUGUGCUACCACAGUACUGGAGCGUUUAUCCAGGAGUUUGUCAUGCUGUUACUUAAACUUAGGCAGAUGUACUACCCCAAUCACCUGUCCCUAUUACCUGUUAAGGAAUGUCUACUAGAUCAUUUAUUUCAUUUAUAUUCCAUCUUUUCUCCAAGGAGCUCAAGACUGCAUACAACAUGUUUCUCCCUCUCCUCAUUUAAUCCCCAAAACAACUCUGCAAAGUAGGUUAGGCUGAGUGGCACUGACUGACCCAAGGUCACCUAGUGAGCUUCAUGACCGAGUAGAGAUUUGAACCCUGGUCUCCUAGAUCAUAGUCUGACACUCUAAUCACUACACUUGCUCCAAUGCUUGCUAGUGGAAGCACUUGCCGUUUGAAGAACUAAUAUAUAUCUACCUACAUACAUAAGGAAUCUAAACCACCACCAUCAUUGUUUUACUUGACUGCUGUUUUGCCAAAAUCCUAUAACUAGAUGUCAGCUUCAUAUUACUAUAUAUUUGGAGAUGAAUGUAGAUAACUUCUCCAGUGUAGUACUGUACUUGCAAGUAAACAUGUCUCUUACAUGCACUUUAAGUUAAUAAGAUGUGCAUGGAUUCAUCAUGCAAUUUAAAGAACCCAUUACAUUGGAUUUGCAUUGUGUCCAACACUUGUCCAUCUCCAUGUAUCUUCUUCUUCAUCUUCUUCUUCUUUGAAUUUGUUAGUUGCUUUAUCUUGCCAAGGCUAACCCAAAGCAACAUACAACCAACCAGAUCAACAACCCCCCGCCCCACAUAGAUACAUGCAUGGAGAGCCACCACAGACUUUGGGUUUUGUGUGUUCCUAGCCUUUUAUCCCACUUCUAGCACCAGCUCAAGUGCUAUGAGAGGAUGCUGAAGAUUCUCCUUCCCCACCCUUUCCCUGUUUCCUAUGAGUAGUCAUAUAUGAGCUCUAUCUCUUGUGAAAAACAUUUUCUCAGAUUACGGUAUGUAACAUUCAGGUAGAUUUGUGGGGUUGGGGCAGAACAUAGUCUUCUCGUGAAGCUGAUAUGCAAGUCUCUGUGACUCAGUCUGUUAUGGGCUACAGAAGCCAGAGUUGGUAGCUUAGCAUCUGCCCAAAACUAACAGCACCCCACCAUUACUAGGUCAUAUCAUUUGACACUUGUCUUAAUACUAAUUCACUUGGCCUAGCCCUCUAAGCCACAUGUGCAAGGACUAUCUGCACUGGAGCAUUCUGUGUUCUUGCUUUCGACUAGAUAACACCAUAAAUGAAACUGCUAGAAUUUUUUCCUUCUUCCCUGCAUUGCAGGUAGGCAGGGGACAACCAUGGACUGAGCAUGGAAAUAAUAUCUAGAUUGAUGGCAGUCUGUAUUUUUGCACAACUUCUUUCUCCAAAUCUAAGACCGCCAGCUACCAAAUAUGUGUUUGAUGCUUACUGAGAGUAAAAUAUAAUAUUGUUUAUGUGGAUGCCACAAGCAUGUUACUCUUUUCUACAGUAGUCCCCAAGUGACGCCACUAGUACUAAGCAACUCUCCGCCCACAACUUUUAUACCUAGACUCAAAAUAUAAGGAACCCCCCUUCCCUCCACACACACACACACACACACACACACACACACACACACACACUUCUUCCAUCACCAGCUCCCUCAUGAAAGCUUUGAGGGCAGGAAGGUGAGUCUUGGCAAAUGGAAGGAGCCAUCCUUUAAUGACAAACCCAAUUUCUCUCUCCCAUGAAACUGGCAUAAGGUGAUAUAUACAGUGGUACCUCUUGUUACAUACGCUUCAGGUUACAUACACUUCAGGUUACAGACUCCACUAACCCAGAAAUAGUACCUCGGGUUAAGAACUUUGCUUCAGGAUGAGAACAGAAAUCGUGCAGCGGCAGCUGGAGGCCCCAUUAGCUAAAGUGGUGCUUCAGGUUAAGAACAGUUUCAGGUUAAGAACGGACCUCCGGAACGAAUUAAGUACUUAACCUGAGGUACCACUGUAAAUCAAAUUAAAAAUAACAGAAGCAUCCACUAUGCAUCCCAGCUAUGCAUUUUGCCUUCCAUCUCCAUGUUGCCACACAGCCUACCCAUCACUGCUUUAUUUUAGUAUGGCAACAGUGGUGUAGCACAGUCUAUAUGGCAAGCUCAUGCAGGCGAAUGGCUGACCCCAUACAGCAUUAUUCACUUGGAUGCAGUUCUAAGCAGCAUCUGUGCAACUCACUUGUGUGAAGCCUCAAACCUCUUGCACAGAUGAUCAAAAAGCAUGAAAGGAACGUGCUGUUACUUCAAGACUAUUUGUUCUUGAACAGAUAAAUAUGAAUGCAUACAUAAUUUUUACAUGUUAUUUUUGGUACUUUCCUCCUUUUUUGUUCUUUCCCCUGCAGUUUCUUGGAGUGCAUUCUUCCAUAAAGCUUGAAUAUUGCUUCAUUCAUAUGAUUUGACGCUUAAAGAAUACUUCAUUAGCCCUCUAGAUGCUCCUGUGUGGGAGGAGUAUCCUGUAAUCUUGUGUUGACUUUUAGCACCAGAAAUGGGACUGAACCAGUUGUUUUCCUUUCCCUGCAUUGCAGAUAUGCAGAGGACAAGCAAGGAUCUGCUUUGAUAAAGAGUCUUUCAUCAUAAACAUUUUUUUAGGAGGUCUCCAAAAAGGAUCACAGGCUUCCCGUGCAGUCUUCUUGCUCUAGUUAUUUGCAUGUAGGUGGCAAUGUGCACCCUUACAAAUGCUAUUUAGUUGGUAAUAUAGCACUUGCAAGAAUGGUGAUGUUGAAAUUAACUUGAGACAGCCCUUUAAUAUUCCUUUUUGUGGAGGACUUGGGUAUGUCUGUGCUGUGCACGCCCCCACUUACUCCCACUGACAACUACUGACAAAUUUGAUAUGUUCCGUCAGGGUAUCAAUGUUUAAAUGGAUACAUGUAAAAUAUUUAGGCUGCAUGUCGAAUCUAAUUGGAGUUCGCUCUGGAUGCAGUAUGUGUACAAAAUAGAAAUAUUGAUGCAAUGCCUGGUCUCAUGUGAGUUAAGACUUCAUUGAUUAUGAAACACAGUAUCACUUCCAAAUACCAAGCAGUGUUCCUUACCAUUCCCUAGUUUACAGCAUAGACUUAACUAGUGCUCUGCUUUAGGCAGAAAACCGAAAAAUUUUCUUGUUUCAGAGGGAGUCGCAUAAAGAGGUUGGCUGAAUAUAUUGAGCCAAUUGUGCCGUUAUCUCCUGUCUGCUUUUGCAGCUGCUCUCAGUCACCUGACACAAAGUAACAAUGCCUUCAAUUUUUCGUGAAGCAUAUAUGUAACCAAGAAUCGUGCAAACAAAAACCCCAGUGGUUAUACGUAUUUCCUUUUAUCGACAGCUUUGUUUGGUUCUGUAUGCGGGGCUUGAAGGAAAAGCUAUGAUUAACUGAUAAGAGCAUGUGAAAGGUUCAUUUUGUGGCAGAUAGACACAUAGAACUGAAGCAGCUGGCCCCAAAGUUCACAUAUAUUUCAUAUCAGUGGUAGCAUCGGUAAUCAUAAGGCUUGGUGGUUGGCCAGAAAACCUUGAGACAUGUGCAAAAUGUUCUGUAGGUGGUAUUGAUUGAUUGAUUGAUUGAUUGAUUGAAUUUACACUCUUCUGCCUUUCCUCCCCAAGGAGCUCAGGGAAGCAAACUGGCCAUCAGCCUCUUGCUGAUGCAGGACAUAUGCUGCCACAGCAUCCCUGAUACAGAAUCAUAGAGCUGGAAGACACAUCAAAUAUUGGCUUGAUCAGGAGUGGAAAACCUUCUUGGCCCAGAUGGCCAGAUCUUUCUCUCUCCCAAACCCUGUGGGCCAACUUGGGUGAGACGUGAGCGAGGCCACUGACCUGUCAAUCUGACAUCACAAUUACUUUAGAUGAGAGGUGGGCAGUUGACCCUUAGGGGUGAGGGGAGGAGUCUGAUUUGCCAGUGCAUUCCCCAUAGGACUUCAAUGGCACCAUGGUACCCACAGAGGCCAUGUUGGCAACCCCUUAUUUACCCAAACCAUCAAGGCUUACCACAGAAACUUUUAGAUGGCUCUGCUUGCUUUCUUUGACAGGUUGCACACAGUCAUGUUGUUUCACUGAGAAAGACGGGCCCUGGUAUAUUUUAUCUUUUGGAGAGAAAAAAACAGCUGGGUGAAAAGCUAGAGCAAACAGACGGGGAGGAAAACUGGCCCUUUCCCCCUGCCAAUUCCCCAGUGCCCACAGCUGUUUCACCCGAUAAAAAAGCAGGGGGAGGAAAUUAUGUAACUAUACAUAAUUUCUGCCCUCAGGAUGGCGAGAACGAUUUUAUAGCAAAAGUUCACAGAAAUAGAAGAGAGGCAGUAUGGGAUGUUCUGAGCCAUACAACGUAUUUUUCCACAUCAGUAUGGUUGCACAAAAGCAGGAAGUCAAACAGGACAUAAACUAUUAGCCAUGGUAUUCAACAGAUUACUAUUUAUAUUUAAAAAGGAAUAGAGCAGGAGAAGAAAAAAAUCAGUGUUCUAUUUUUGUUUUCAAAGACAUGUCUGCUUUGCUUAUGUCUCUCUGAAUAAUAAUUCAGGAUCUCGUGCUCCUAACUUCUGUUCAGUUUCUAAUUUGUUGGAGGUGGAUAGGAAUGUGCAAAUGUAAAAACCAUCUUUUGGUAAUUGGGCAUAUACAAACUCUUCACAAACAAUUCUGUGAAACUGACUAGUUUUGUUAAUAUCUCUUUAACUUGAAAAAUGUGUAAAACACCAGUAAAUGUUUUGACUUAACAAAAUGUGAUUUUGUGUGUUCUUAGGAAUUCUGGAGGACAGCAAAGCAACUCAGACUUGUACCGGAAAGUCCUCAGCUGCAAGUGGAAUAGGUAGUACUGAAAAGAGAGCUCACUGUGGUACACAAUGUACAAAACUGACAGUUCACCCCACGGGAACUUCAGCACACAAACAACAAAAUGGCUUUAGAACCACAGAGGUAGGUGCAGAACUACAUUCCGAGUGACUCCUUGUACACACUGGUAUCCUCUUGAAGCUGGGCUAAUCCUGUUUCUCCUCAGCUAAAGGCCUGUCACAGAGCUAUUAAGCCUGUGUCCUUUAUACUGAAGUCGUACCUUCUAGUGUUUCUUUUUUAAAGUCACAAUGAAUACAUUUCUCAUAUUGCAAGGCUCAUGACAAAGCAAUAACUAUUGGGAAUAACGGCAUGUGUUGAACCUGUUUUAAUUAAGGACAUAAAGAAGAAUCUACUGAAUAUAGUAAUACUGCUUUACUGUUAUUUUGAAGGCCAGUCAUGAGCUGCUUAAGUAAACAUUUAAGCAACAUUUAUCCUGUUGCCCACUGGAUGUUCCCGUUGCAUCUCUGAGCCUGCCAAGCAUCCAUAAAAUCCAACCAGAGUGUCUGUGAAGAAAAACUGGUGAUUAAUCCAAUUGAACAUGGUCUAGAUCUCAUGUUAGGAUCUAUUUUGCAGUAGCAAAGUAUUGGAGGGUGAUACAGUCUCAAGAUUAGCCCAGGGGCUGGAGGUUUCCCACCCCGCUUUACAUUUAUACUUCCUUUGAACACUAGUCAUUUUUUGUCCAUUUGAGGACAGUGUUCUAGUCCGUGUGGGUCUUUAUUAUCCUGACACAACAUGGUGUCAUCUACAAACUAGUCCAUGUUCCCUCUCAUCCCCGACUUCAGAUCCUUUAUAAACAAGUUAAAUAACACCAGUUAAACAGAGAUCACUUGUGAGUGGUAGGGAGGGCAUUCUUUGUGAUAACUUUCCAAUUACGGUACUUUACUUCCUAUUUGCUGAGUAAAAAUGCCACUGUGUCAACAAUUUGACUGGCAAUUACUACAAGAUCUGUUUGUGACUUCAGGAUAGAGAUAUUGCUAAGUUUUGCUUGUUGUUUUGAUUGGAAUAUUUUGUUAAUUUUUAUUUUACUCUUGUCUUUUCUCCUUGUUUAGGAAAUUUACUUCUAUGAAACAUCUUCUAAGCAUCUUGCAUUAAACUAAUUUACUGUACACUCUUUUUAAACAGGCUAAAUGGGACAACAAGAAAAACGUCACAAAAGAAGUCGCAAUUAACGCCACCAAAACAAUAAGACAAAUUAGUAACAGAAGAAUUACAAAGAACUGUGUCAAUUAA